GGCCAUUUUUCUAUGUGAUGCCUGCUAUUUUUCUUGGAUCUUUCUUCAUUCCAAAGUCAUUCAUCCAAAGUCUGAUAAAGAAGCGAUACGGCUUAAUGAAUGAUGAAGACUCGGAUCAGAUCCCAGCAGAAACAAGGAUCCUUCUGGAAGAAGUGUUAAAUGAUCUCAAGGAAUCGGAAACAGGUUUACCUGGCAAACUUUUGGAUUACCCAUACAAGGACCUAGCUCUCUACAGAUGUAAAGGAGAAGAGAUAGUGAUACACAAGCUCAUCGACAUCCAAUCUGUAUCGUUCCGGGUGCUGAUAGGCAUCCCUUCACACUUGUUAAAUAGCAAAACAGGUGAAGCAUCUGCUCAGAAUCCACCAGCGUUCACUGGAAAUCCCAUCAAGACUUCAUUUAGUUCAUCCAGUUAUAAACAGUCAUCUCCGUCACUUUCAGAACUGAGAGGAAAUGAAUCGUUAGGGUUUCUGGGAAAUGAAAAGUCAACCCUUUCUUCUUCGAAAUCAAGAGACUCAUCUAUAGGGACUCUUGAGGACCCUAUGGUACCGAAGGGAAGUAACUCUCAAAGUAACGCGGAAGAACAGGAGGAAAGUGAAAAUUCCGAAAUUCUUGAUUACAUUUCGGAUAUUUCCAGAUGGGAGAAAAAAUUUGCCAUUCUUCGGGAAAUAUUGUUAUCGAGACAGUAUUUCCAAGAAGAGGCUGUGUUUUAUUACAUCAUUUUGAUGUUUUUCAUUUUGUCAUUGUAUUUGACACCUCCAUACUAUAGACUUAUUUAUUUGAAUAUUUUCACAAUCAAUGGUUUGAUUUUAAAAUAUCAUAGAUGUAACGGUAAUGUGAUUAGGAAGAAAAGUCACGAACAAGUGCUCAAAAUCCUCACCGCCAGCGAACUUCAAAAUCAUUCAAACUAUGUAGCGGCAGGCAGAAGAUACUGCAUGAGAAGGCUUAAACAAAACUGUAACACGUACAGACUUCAGAAAAGGAAGGCAGAAGACUCUUUCCAGGAUAAACUUCAGUUGCUUAUGAACGUCGCUCUCCAUCGCUUUGUACCGAACUGUGAAAACGUGUACAACUGUGCAGGAGGAGUGCGGGCGUGGCCAGCAAACUAUUUCAACCAAGAUUUCUUUUGGGCUUACCGGAUGCAGAAACAUGUGAAAGAGUUAAACAGUGUGACUGUUAAAGAGGUGAAAAAUAUAAAGUAGAGUUAUAUAUGGUCAUAUUCGAAAA